UCCACUGCGUCAUGUUUGAUCUCUGUUACGCACGUAAAGCCAGUCGCCAUAACGAUAAUACCAUGCGUUGUUAUCCACUUGCCUUGUAUAUAUUCGCAUUCUUCCUUCACACUGAUCACGCAUAUUCCAACAAUUGCCGCCUAAGAUUGAAGAUAGCCAACAAUGGUGGGAAUGGAGACUUACGGUUAUCCAGAACAGGGUGUGAAGAAGGUCGGUGUCUAUGAUGUGCCGGAAGGAGUGGACAUUCGCGGUCGAUACGAUGAGGAGUUUGCGAAGAUUCUUACUAAGGAUGCUUUGCAAUUUGUUGCAGACUUGCAGAGACAAUUCAGAAACGAAAUUAAGUAUGCAAUUGAGUGUCGCAGGGAAGCGAAGAGGAAGUACAAUGAGGGGGCGAUUCCAGGGUUUGAUCCAAUGACGAGGAACGUAAGGGAGACGGAGUGGAGCUGUGCGCCUGUUCCUCUGGCUGUUGCUGAUCGGAGGGUGGAGAUUACUGGUCCGACGGAGAGGAAGAUGGUCAUCAAUGCUCUUAAUUCCGGAGCUAAGGUUUUCAUGGCUGAUUUUGAAGAUGCACUGUCACCAACCUGGGAGAACUUGGUGAGAGGGCAAGUUAACUUGAAGGAUGCUGUGAAUGGAACUAUAAGCUUCCAUGAUAAGGCAAGGAACAGAGUUUACAAGUUAAGUGAUCAGAUUGCUAAGCUCUUUGUUCGCCCGAGAGGAUGGCACCUAUCAGAGAAGCACAUUCUCAUCGACGGUGAGCCGGCAACCGGUUGUCUAGUGGACUUUGGCCUUUACUUUUUCCAUAACUAUGCGGCAUUUCGUCGAACACAAGGUGCAGGAUUUGGACCCUUCUUUUAUCUCCCCAAAAUGGAGCACUCCAGGGAAGCUAAGAUAUGGAACAGUGUAUUUGAGAGGGCAGAGAGGAUGGCAGGAAUUGAAAGAGGAAGCAUCAGAGGAACUGUGCUGAUUGAAACACUACCUGCUGUGUUUCAAAUGGAUGAAAUCCUCUAUGAAUUGAGGGAUCAUUCUGUUGGUUUGAACUGUGGAAGAUGGGAUUACAUUUUCAGCUAUGUCAAGACAUUCCAAGCUCACCCUGAUAGGCUAUUGCCAGACAGAGUUCUAGUUGGGAUGACCCAGCAUUUCAUGAGGAGUUAUUCUGAUCUCCUCAUCAGGACCUGCCAUAGGCGUGGUGUGCAUGCCAUGGGUGGUAUGGCAGCUCAGAUUCCAAUUCGCGAUAAUCCAGAUGCGAAUGAGGCAGCGAUGGAGCUAGUUAGGAAGGACAAGCUGAGAGAGGUGAAGGCAGGGCAUGAUGGGACUUGGGCAGCGCACCCAGGACUAAUUCCAGCAUGUAUGGAAGUCUUCACAAACCAUAUGGGUAAUGCCCCAAACCAAAUCCAAACCAUGAAGCGAGAAGAUGCUGCAAGCCUAACUGAAGAAGACCUCUUGCAGAGGCCGAGGGGGGUACGUACUCUGGAAGGUCUUCGCCUGAACACCCGGGUUGGAAUCCAGUACUUGGCAGCUUGGCUAACUGGAACAGGCUCAGUGCCUCUAUACAACCUCAUGGAGGAUGCUGCCACAGCUGAAAUUAGCAGGGUUCAGAACUGGCAGUGGCUGAAGUAUGGAGUGGAAUUGAAUGGAGAUGGACUUGGAGUGAAAGUGAGCUUGGAACUGUUUGGGAGAGUUGUGGAAGAAGAGAUGGCUAGGAUUGAAAUGGAGGUUGGGAAAGAGAAGUUUAAGAAGGGAAUGUAUAAGGAGGCUGGUAAGAUGUUCAUUAGGCAAUGCACUGCACCAACUCUGGAUGAUUUUCUGACUCUGAAUGCUUAUGAUAACAUCGUUGUUCACUAUCCCAAGGGUGCAUCUAAGAUCUAACUCAGUUCAUUUCCUCUUUUUUCUGUCGCUGGAUCGAUGUUUAUCUUGUGUUGCAACUUUCCGGAUGAAUAAAUAAUGAGCCUUGUGAUUUCAUA